AUGUCCGCCAUUCGCCUGAGUGUUUUUGUUUCUCCCUCGCUUAACGAAGUCGAGUACGGUUUUAGUUACUCGGCCGGAAAGGUUAUUAAUCGGACGGCGGAGUUCAUAAUCAGCAAAAGCUUCACCAGAAUUGCUGUACAGUUCCCUGAUGAGUUGUUAAAGGAUUCGACUAAAGUCGUGAGUGCUCUUAAGAGCAAAACGCGUUUGCUUAGGGAGACCAACACUGAAAGAAGUGAAGAUGACAGAGAAGUUAGGUUCUUUGUUAUGGCGGACACAACUUAUGGUAGUUGCUGCGUUGAUGAAGUUGGAGCUUUGCAUAUUGAUUCUGAAUGUGUUGUUCAUUACGGGCAAACAUGUCUAAGCCCGACAUCGGUUCUUCCAGCAUUCUUCGUGUUCGGGAAAGCUUCGAUAAAAGUCUCGAGCUGCGUAAAGCAUUUGCUAGAUUACGCGUCUAAGAGCGAUAAGCCUAUUAUGAUUCUUUAUGGACUAGAAUACGCUCAUGUGAUUCCGUGUAUUCAAGAAGAAUUAGGAUUAUUAUCGAAAAAGGCUGAGUCUCAAUUGAAGUUCUCUGUAGCAAGUGUCUUGUGUUCGUUUAUUAGUCCAUCCAAAGAUCCUAGAGAAUCGAUGGAGCAUCCAUUACCAUCUGGCGAAAGCGAUUCUGAUGAUAACACAUCCUCCUCAUCUAGAAACUAUAAGUUAGGAGGGUUAACAUGGGACUUACCAGAAGGAAACAAAAUCGAGGACUAUUUACUUUUCUGGAUCGGUACUGAAAGUUCAGCUUUUGCCAAUGUAGUACUGACCUUCAAUGGUUGUGACAUAGUCAGAUAUGAUGCUGAAGAAGAUUCUUUGGUGACAGAAUUCACUCAACAGAGAAGGAUACUUAAACGACGGUAUUACUUGGUGGAGAAAGCUAAGGACGCGAAUAUUAUAGGUAUCUUGGUGGGGACUCUUGGUGUCGCUGGUUACCUUCACAUGAUUCAUCAUAUGCAAGCACUCAUAUCCGCGGCUGGAAAAAAAUCGUACAUUCUUGCCAUGGGACGGCCUAACCCGGCCAAACUCGCAAACUUCCCUGAGUGCGAUGUUUUCAUUUACAUCUCAUGCGCCCAAACCGCUCUUUUAGAUAGCAAAGAGUUCAUGGCCCCUGUCAUAACUCCAUUUGAAGCCAAUCUUGCCUUUAGCAGAGGGAGUGAAUGGACAGGUGCAUACCUAAUGCAUUUCCAAGAUGUGAUGAACUCUUCAAAAUCAGAAUCAGAAGCACAUAGGGGAUCGGAGGAGCCACGGUUCUCCUUCUUUCAGGGUGGUUACGUAGAAGAUCACGAUGCAAACGGUAUCCUAGACGCUAAGUUACUUGCUGCAGAUCAAGCUAAGAAUGACGAGGAAGACGCAGGAGAGACCAUGGCGCUGGUACAAGCUGCAGAGAAAGCAUUGCAGUUGAGAGGCAAAGAUCAUAACGCACUCACUAAGCAAACCGCUGCAAAAUCAGGACCUGAGUAUUUCCUCAACCGUGCUUAUCGUGGCCUGGAGAUAAACAGCGACAAUACUUCGCCUGAGCCUUUCAUAGUUGGUAGAAGUGGGAAGGCGUCGGGAUACAAGCACGAGUAA